CGCGGCUCCGCUUCCAGAGGCGGAGGCUCGCGCGUCUGCGCCGUCAUUGGCGGAGACGAGUCGUCACUCCGUCUCCGUCGGGCUGUGAGUGGUGGCUGAACCUGUCAGUCAGUGCCAGGCUGCAGCCGAGACUCCGGAGAGAGGGAGAUGUCAGAAGCUGAGCCGCUGCCUCCCUUCAGUAGCUCUAGUGGGGUUCAGCAGCCAGCAUGGCCACAGCUGCCUCCAGCCCCUACACCCUGCUCAGCUCCAGUCCCAUGAUCCACCCUGACAGCCAGGCCAUGCAGCCUGCUAGCCCCUACAGAGGACACCAGAAACUACUCCAGAGUGAUUACCUGCAGAGCGUCCAGAGCAACGGACACCCCCUCGGGCACCAGUGGGCAAGCAGCCUAUCGGAGGGCAGUCCCUGGUCGGCCUCCAUGGAGCAGCAAGACGUCAAACCGGGCCGAGAGGACCUGCAGCUCGGCAUCAUCCAUCACCGCUCCCCGCACGUAGCGCAUCACUCCCCGCAUCACAACAACCAUGGCAACCACCCGGGAGCCUGGGGGACUCCGGUGUCCCACAACUCCUCCAUCACCAGCGGGCAGCAGCUCAACAUCUACUCCCAGACGGGCUUCACUGUUAACGGCAUGCUGGACCACGGCGGGCUCACGCCUCCGCCCAACCCGCAGGGCCAAGGCAUGCACCCGGGCCUCAGGGACACGCUCAGCCCCGAGCACAGCGACCUCGGCGGGCACCACUGUCACGACCACUCCGACGAGGAAACGCCCACCUCGGACGAGUUGGAGCACUUUGCCAAGCAGUUCAAACAGCGGCGGAUCAAGCUGGGCUUCACGCAGGCGGACGUGGGCUUGGCUCUGGGCACGCUGUACGGCAACGUCUUCUCCCAGACCACCAUCUGCAGGUUCGAGGCUCUGCAGCUGAGCUUUAAGAACAUGUGCAAACUAAAGCCGCUGCUGAACAAGUGGCUGGAGGAGGCGGACUCGUCCACGGGCAGCUCGAGCAGCAUAGACAAGAUCGCAGCGCAGGGGAGGAAGAGGAAGAAGAGGACGUCCAUCGAGGUGAGCGUGAAGGGGGUUCUGGAGACGCACUUCCUCAAGUGUCCCAAGCCCUCGGCGCAGGAGAUCACGUCGCUCGCGGACACGCUGCAGCUGGAGAAGGAGGUGGUGCGCGUGUGGUUCUGCAACCGCAGGCAGAAGGAGAAGCGCAUGACGCCGCCGGGCGAGCCGCCGCCGCACGAGGGACCGUAUUCUCACAGCGGGAGCGCGGGGGACGCGUCCUCGUGCCACGAUCUCUGACCGGAGCGCCGGGGAGGGACGCUUCCGGCGCAGACUCUCGAGCGCGGGGGGCGCGCGGCGUCGCGUCCCGGUGCGGACUCCUCCAGAUGCCUCCAGCACUGAAACGCGACACUAACAAUAACAGAGAUACCUGCUCAGCCUUCGUCAUUUUCCAGCUGCCGUGAGGGCAUUACUCGAUACGAAACGCCACAUUUCCGACCACCUUUGGAGCCCGCCAAAUUAUUUUCUACAUCACGGAUACAAAAACAAAAUGUGCCUAAUAACCUGCCAGCGCCUUUGGUUUGCGUCACCAUUUCUCAUCAGCUCGAUAAUAAUGAAAGGAUGGGACUGGUGUUUUGUUUUGUUUUGUUUUGUUUUGUUUUGUUUUGUUUUGGGCUUGUCUCUCUCUCUUUCUCUCUCUCCCCUCUCUCUCGCUCUCUCACACACACACACACGGACACACACGCGUCUGUUGUAUGAUCAGUGGAGUGAAACAAAUAAUAACAAUAUCGCUUUUAUUUAUUGUUUUGUUGCAGCACUACAGGCCGUUUUACAGCCGCCUCGCCGCGCAUACACAGCGCUUUAGCUCUCCGCAUAUUUACACCUAUUAUUUUAUACCAUACUCGUAGCAGAUCUGUAAUUAUUUUCCAUAUGCAAAUCUAGGGCCUGAUUCCAGUUGUACCAACGUAAAAGCACUUGGAGGGUUGUUUUUUGAAAUUCCUCCCCAUGGCCUGUAGCUUCUGAAGCCGCACACAGUUACUGCUAUUUAUAAAUCCAUGUAUUUGAUUUCAAUCAUCUUCGACCAUAUAAACUGUGUGGACUCUGAAACAGAGCCGAGAAUAGAACGAGGGUUUGACUGACGCUGUACACCUGCCUAUAAUUUUAUUGUACGUUCACUAUCAAAAUUUUAUAAUCUUAAAUACUCCUGUUACUUGGUUUAUUUCCUAUUAAGUAUUUUUUCGAAUAUUGUACAGUUUUAUAUAUUACCCUUUUUGAAGUCAUUAAUUUAAACAAAUGAUCUUAGUUAUUCAUGCACUUAAUUAGCAAUGUUAAAAAAAACAAUAUUUUCAGUAAGAUUGAACUGUUUCGGCGGUUUUAUUCCAAAUUUCGAUGACAGCUCAAGUAAUUAUUUAUUUUCAGUAUAAAGCUUGUAUUAUGUUUUGAAAUAAACUAUGUAUGUUGUAAUAAACAAUUUCUCGCUACAACUGUU